AUGGUGUCAGAUCUUGGCGCGGCUAUUACAUUUCAUUCUCUUCUUGGGUACCAGGUUUUAGCCAUUAUUUUUUUUUGGAACUGACGUUACGUCUAUUUACAAGAACACGGUCUUUUGAGAGUAUUAAAAUGGCAUCCAUAAUCAUAGUCCGUGGCAAGUCGCCCAAAAUUCGUUUUCCCUCCUAUUUUCAUAUUUUGUAGCCCAAUAUGUUCUUAUAAUUAUGGUGUAGUUUUUUUGUGAAAAUAUAUUUUAGUUUUCGAGAAAUUAUUUUCUUCGUUCGACCGCUCAAAUAAGCAAAUUUUCACUAUGAAUUUUAACCGAGUUGUGACCUCAUGUAACGAAUUUACUUGACCUCCGGUAUUUCUGUCAACAUAAUCCUUUGUUUUAUCGUCUAAACUUAAUCCCCUGUCAUUAUUGAAGCUGGCAAGGAAAUAUUUAUUUUUUGGUGAAUAUUUUUGUCCGACAUACUUUUCCUAUGUCGAAAAGUAGCAUCAAAACAAAGACAGUUUUAACAAUGACCGAUAUGACAGAAUCUACUGAGCUUCUAGCUUUUGAAAUACGAAAGGAUGGUUAAAAAGUUACUGUAAAAAUUUCCUUGUGUAUUUGAAUUGUUCAAUCUUGAGACGAACUCAAAGUCCGGCAAAAUUUACUUGCUAGCGACUAUGAAAUAUACAUGGUGCGCCUACUUAUCGCCACCGUUUACCGUCAUAAAUCACUACAAUUUGUAAAAAAAUCUAACAUAACAUACUCUUACCCUAUUUAUUUAUGAUUUUAUUGGCUGCUUCGAUGAUCAAGUUAUUCUCUACCACAUUUUAGCCAGAUUUAAUUUGUAGUUUAUAAAUCUUCUCCACAUUGUUAUAUCAGUUGCAUGACAAGCGUGACACGUACAAAUUCAAAGAUGAAUCAACCUCCGAAUUACCAAGGGAUGGGAUUUUUUUCCCUCUUCACAUAUCUAUAAAAACCUUCCAAGAAUUACUGUAUUCAGAAAACUAAAAUGUUCAGAUCCAUCAAAAUUUGUGCAAAAUUACGCGUCCCGUCAGACUUAGGUCUCGAUUGCGAAUUGGUCAAUAGGCUGCCAAAAAUCCAGACAGAGGCGGAGUUUUCUAUACUAAUGUCUGACGGAACACACGCGUAAUUAGCACACAGUGGUAAAGGGCCCUUCCGCACAAGCUACAAGACGCUGACAAAACUUUUUUCUCUUCACCGAAAAUCAAAAUUUGUCCUUGCUAAAUUUCAAGUGUGCUGCACCCCCUGGGAAACCCCUAUACAUACUCUCCUCCCCCCCCACCCACCCCAUCGAAAAUCUAUAGUCCGUUCCUAAGGUACCUUUUACAUAAUUCCAAAAUGGGUUUUGUUCCGGAACAAAAUGAAUGUCAUACCGCGUUUGAAUGCAAGAUAAUUUAGCUUGUAAAAACAAGUAUUUACGUCCUUUUUCUAUGCUUACCUCGCUCCUAAAGAGGAUUCAUACAGAUAUGAGUGUCGUACCGCGUUUACUUUAUACGUUCUAGAAUGAAAUCCUCAAUAAACUCAUUCAGAAAUGACUCGUUUCGAAUAGUUUUACACUGGUGUCAUGUGGCAACCGGGAUGAACUCGUUCUUGAACAGAACUCAUUCCGAUAUCAUGUAAAAGGCCCCUAAGAGUUUUUAUUCCCAGAGCAUCACGCUUUGCUCUCCUGCCAGAACACUAAAAAUUUCAAUAGCGUUGAAGCAACAACCCGCUUUUAACUCCUACGCUGCCACUGAAACAACGAUUAGUGACCACAAAAGCAACAUAUUGUAGUAUUGUCAAUUCAUCACAAACAAAAAUCUUCAUACAGGGUAAAUAUUCAUUUGUGUUGGUCCCCCCAAUUAUCAGGACAUAUUGGGCUACAAAAUAUGAAAGUAGGAGUGAAAGUGGGUGACUUGCCGCUGUUUGUCUGAUGCAUGUUGACAUUAGCUCUUAAGAUGAACAUUUCGCGUAAACUCCAGAAGCUUGAUCUGUCAAACAAGACAAGAGAAGAAAUUUUGCGAGACAUCUUUUCAAAGCCCAAGGAUCCGCUCUGGAAAGAAUCCUUUCAGUUCCAAGAAUGA